GUCUUCUUUGAGGAUGUGGCUGUGAACUUCACCCUGGAAGAGUGGGCUUUGCUGGAUUCUUCAGAGAAAAAACUUUACAGAGAUGUGAUGCAGGAAACCUUCAAGAACCUGGCCUGUAUUGGGAAAAAGUGGAAAGACCAGGAUACUGGAGAUGACCAUAAAAACCAGAGGAGAAAUCUAAGAGUUAUGGUUGAGAGACGCUGUGAAAGGGAAAAAAGUAGUCAAUAUGGAAAAAACACUAGCCAGAUGCCAAAUCUUAAUAUGAACAAAGAAACUUCUACUGGAGCAAAACCAUGUGAAUACAGUGUGUGUGGGAAAGUCUUCAUGCAUCAUUCAUCUCUUAAUAGGCACAUGAUAUCUCACACUGCACAGAAACCAAGUGAGUAUCAGGAAUAUGAAGAAAAACCAUAUAAAUGUAAAGAAUGUGGGAAAACCUUCAGUUAUCACCACUGCUUUCGAAAACAUGAAAGAACUCACACUGGAAAGAAACCCUAUGAAUGUAAACAGUGUGCAAAAGCCUUUAUAUAUUACCAACCUUUUAAGAGACAUGAAAGGAAUCAUAUUGGAGAGAAAACCUAUGAAUGUAAACAGUGUAGAAAAACUUUUAUAUAUUACCAAUCUUUUCAAAGACAUGAAAGGACUCAUACUGGAGAGAAACCCUAUGAAUGUAAGCUAUGUGGUAAGGCCUUCAGUUGUCCUAUAUACAUUCGAAGUCAUGAAAGAACUCACACUGGAGAAAAGCCCUAUAAAUGUAAAGAAUGUGGUAAGGCCUUCAGUUUUCUCAGUUCUUUUCGAAGGCAUGAAAAAACUCACACUGGAGAGAAACCUUAUGAAUGUGAGGAAUGUGGAAAAUCCUUCCUUUAUGCUGGAAGCUUUCAAGGACACAUAAUAACCCACACUGGAAUUCAACCUUAUAAAUGCAAAGAAUGUGGGAAAGCCUUCAACUCUUCUACUUCCUGUCGAAUACAUGAAAGAACUCAUAUCGGAGAAAAACCCUAUGUAUGUAAGCAAUGUGGCAAAUCCUUCAGUUGGUCCAUUUCCUUUCGAGUGCAUGAAAGAACUCACACUGGAGAGAAACCUUACGAAUGUAAACUAUGUGGUAAAGCCUUCAGUUUUUCAAGUUCCCUUCAAGAACAUGAAAGAACCCACACUGGAGAGAAACCCUAUAAAUGUGAACAAUGUGGUAAAGCCUUCAGCUUUUUAAGUUCCAUUCGAAAACAUGAAAGGACUCACAGUGGAGUGAAACCCUAUGAAUGUAAACAUUGUGGUAAAGCCUUCAGUUGCUCAAGUUAUUUUCGGAAACAUGAAAGAACUCAUGCUGGAGAGAAACCCUACGAAUGUGGACAUUGUGGUAAAGUUUUCAUUCGUUCUAGUUCCUUCCGACUACAUGAAAGAACUCAUACUGGAGAGAAACCUUAUAAAUGUAAAGUAUGUGAUAAAGCCUUCAGUUUUUCAAGUUCCUUUCGAGAACAUGAAAAAACUCAUAGUGGAGAGAAACCUUAUGAAUGUAAACAAUGUCAUAAAGCCUUCAUUUCUUCUGGUCAACUUCGAUUGCAUGAAAGAACACAUACUGGAGAAAAGCCCUAUCAAUGUAAACAAUGUGGUAAAGCCUUCAUUUCUUCCAGUAAAUUUCGAUUGCAUGAAAGAACUCAUACUGGAGAGAAACCCUAUCAAUGUAAACAAUGUGGUAAAGCAUUCAGUUAUUCAAGUUCUUUCCGAAUUCAUGAAAGAACUCACACUGGAGAGAAACCCUAUGAAUGUAAACAAUGUGGAAAAGCCUUCAUUUCCUCCAGUCACUUUCGAUUACAUGAAAGGACUCAUUCUGGAGAUAAACCCUAUCGAUGUAAACAAUGUGGUUGA